AUGAGUUCUUUGAUAGAAUCGCAGUUACAGGCCCUCAAGUCGGCUGCACAAGCCGAUACAGAGCCUUCGAAGAGACCCUACACACGCCCUUCGAUCCUCUACAGCCCCAAAGAAGCAGCAGAUAUCGAUAUCGAGUCGAUUUACGAGCUCGGAAUCAAAGGUCUUGAAGUGCUUGGAAACAAAGAUGAGAGGUUUAAGAAUUUCAUGAGCGAUUUGUUUUCUCAUAAAAGUAGAGAAAUGGAUAGGGAGUUGAUGAGUAAGGAAGAAAAUGCUCGGAUCGAUGCAUCAAUCAGUUCGUAUCUGCGUCUACUCUCGGGUUAUCUCCAGUUUAGCGCAUCCUUGGAGACCCUUGAGUAUCUGAUACGAAGAUACAAGAUUUAUCUUUACAAUGUAGAAGAUGUGGUUUUAUGUGCUUUGCCAUACCACGACACGCAUGCAUUUGUCCGUAUUGUUCAGCUGCUUUCGACUGGAAAUACCAAGUGGAAAUUUCUGGAUGGUGUGAAAAAUUCAGGUGCUCCACCUCCUAGAUCGGUUAUUGUUCAGCAGUGUAUACGUGAUAUGCAGGUCUUGGAGUCCGUGUGUGACUAUGCAUCUCGGAGUAAGAAGUAUCAGCCUUCAAAACCCGUGGUCAGCUUCUCCACAGCUGUUGUCGUCGAGGUUCUAGGUUCUGUUGCAACGGUUGAUGGAGAUAUCGUAAAGCAUAUUUUACCAUUUGUCGAAUCUGGUCUUCAAUCUGCUGUUAAAGGAUGUUUAGAUCAGCAGGCUGGUGCGUUAAUGGUUGUUGGCAUGUUGGCUAGCAGAGCCAUGCUCAAUGAUAAUCUUAUCAAACGCUUUAUGAGGUCAAUCAUCGACAUUGCUCGUGAACAUGCCAAAGAAUCCUCUGAUCCUCAUUGGCUUCGAUUGUCAAUUCUGGCAUUGAUUAACUUUGUUCAGUUGCAAUCUGUUGACUUGAUCCCAAAGAAAGCUUUGGACCUUUUAAAGGAAAUAAGGAAUAUUUCGGGUGUUCUUCUAGGCUUGUCCAAAGAGUUCAACACAAAGAGAUUCCUGGCAGUGUUACUAGAUUCUCUUCUUCUUUACAGUUCAUCUGAUGAUCAAUGUUGUGAAACAUUAGUUUCGAUAAUUGAUAAUCUUCCAGUAAACAACUUCGUUGAUCAUAUGAUCUCCAAGGUUUUCUCUAUGUGUAUGACACAAUACCAGAAGAACAGUGGUUUUACAUCUUCUACAUCUGGGAGCUGGGCCAAGAAAAUUAUGGUUGUUGUUGGCAAGAAGUAUUCUGUUGAAUUACGUGCAGCGGUUCAAAAAUUUCUGGAGGAUACUAAAGUUCAGUCGAAGAAGGAGGAUUUGAAGCUAGAGAUGCUGUCUUGUAUGCUCGAUGGGAAUUCAGACAUGUCCAAGUCGUGCUUGGAUUCCAAAUUGUGGUUCCGGCUCCACCAUCCCAAGGCUGCUGUACGCUGUGCUGCGCUUUCCAGUCUAAAUGGUGUUCUCAAGGCUGAUAGUUCUACGGCAGAGAACCUUGUCACAAUUCAGGAUGCUAUACUGCGCCAGCUUUGGGAUGAUGAUCUGGAUGUUGUUCAGGCUGCCCUGUCUCUUGAUCAGUUGCCGAAUAUAGUAACCUCUUCUAGUCUUCUGGAUGCUUUGCUUCACGUGGUGAAACGGUGUGUUGGGAUUCUCCGAUCAGGAGUAUCACAUAAUGUUCAACUCGCAGCUGAUGUAGUUGCUUUGUCCUUAAAAAUUGCUGUCUCAAGCUUCUGUAACCAAGCAGACUCUACUGAAAAAGUUACCUCUGCAAUGUUCCCAUUUCUCUUAAUUCAGCCGAAGACUUGGAAUUUAAACCUACAUGUGCUGAAAUUGGGGAAGGAUGUUGACUGGCCACUUUUCAAGAAUCUUGUUGCUGAUGAUGGAAUGAAAAAGCUCCCAGAUAUCAUGUCUGGAAACAUAUCCUCGAUAAGCAUGGAUAUUAUCAAUGAAUUGGGGGAGGCACUUUCCUUGGAUCCCGAUGAGCGUAGGAUUGAGCUAAUUGAGAGUGCUUGCAACUUUAAGUUGUCUGAAGUUUUGGAAUCAUGCAGCAAUAUUAAAUUGACAGAACAGGAACGCAACAAGCUGCAGAAAGGACUGUUGAUCCGUGAAACUGUGUCCGCAUUAAACAUGGAUAUCGUUGACAAGCUGGUGGAAGCGUUUUUGAUGCACCCUGGUGACAUGAUUCAGUGGCUUACCGUCUCUUGCCAAGAUGCGCCCUUGUCAAAGACACUGUUUUUUAUGUUGUUGAUGCAGUCAUUGCACAAGAUGAAUUCUUCAUCUGACCCGAGUCAAUAUUUGGAUCUUUUCGAGCUUUGCUUUCCCGUUUUGAAGACCGAGUGGGAAGAACUUGAGGUUGCAGUUGACGUUUCUUUGAAAGAGCUGUCGAAAAGCAAUUGCCAAGAACUCUUAUAUCAACAUUUUGAUACCUCUGAUUUUACUGCGCUGAAUUCGAAGCUUCUGAUCUGCUUGUUUUGGAAGUUGGUCGAGUCAUUCAUUAAACUUGAACCGGCCCAUGUCUCUUCGGUUUUUAGCAAAAGGUUGUGUAGCGGACUUGAAGACUUGUUUUUCUUUUUUGCAACAACUCGAUCACGGCAUGUUUUCAAGGAACACCUUCUCUACCGUGUGAGAGAAGCCAAAGUCUGUCCUGUUUUGUUUCUCUCCCAACUUAUAUCACGAGAAGAUGCCCCACCUAUGGUCCAUAUCGAAAGUCUCAAAUGUUUCUCGUAUCUUUGCGCCAACGGGAAUAGUGAAUGGUCGAUUCAAAUACUCUCUAGCGUUCCUGUAAUUUUGGUUCCAAUUUCGAGUGAUAAUCAGGACCUUAAAUCAGCUGCCAUGAAUUGCAUUGAGGCCCUCUUCAACCUACGGUGUCGUGUCGACUCUAGCAAAAAAAAUGGGAGUGCUGCAAUCUGUAGUAGUUCUUUUGAUGAAUUGUUGGGAAUGAUCGUUCAACAACGGAGACUUAUAUUGUCGGAUAAUAAAUUUCUUCCAUCCUACUUGGCGUCGUUGCUCGGUUCAACCCCUAACGACUUACUAGUGCCAGUUGACCUUCAAAAAAGGUUUGAUCAAGCCACAAAAGAAAAUAUUCUUUCGUUCAUUUUAUUGCGUGCACAAGAGCUCCCUGCUUAUGGAAAGCUAAGAGUCCUAUCAUUGCUAAAAGGUCUGGGCAUCAUGCUUCUGCAUGAUGAAAAUGUUAAGUCAUUGUCUCAGCUUCUAGAUAAACGUAGUCAACACUACUUUAAACUGGACACAACUUCCCAACCAAUAUCAGACACCGAGGUCGAUUUAUUGUGUCUUCUUCUGGAGUGCUCCAUGAUGCGUUCAGCGUCGUAUAAAGGGCAGUCUCUUGAUGAUCAUAUACUGAACGCAUUGAAAUUGGAUUCAAUGGCCUCAGAACAUCCCGCUGUUAUCUCUCCAUGUCUCACUGUUCUGGAGAAACUAAGCAAUCAAUUUUAUGCUGAACUGAAGACCGAUGUUCAGAUUCGUUUCUUCCACAAGCUGGUGUCUCUGUUUCGAAGUACAAGUGGCAGAAUACAAAAUGGUGCCAAAGAAGCUGUCUUACGCCUGAAGAUUUCUUGUUCAACGGUGGCCCACACCCUUAAUUAUAUCACUCAGCAGGAUAAUCUUGUCAUUGAUUCCUUAAGCAAGAAGAAGAAACAGAAAAAAGAUUCAAAAUCAUGUCUUGAAGAAGAUGUAAAUGGUGGGGAACUUCUAAGAGGAGAAAAGGCUCUCUGUUUCAUUGCUUCAUUACUUGACAUGCUACUUCUAAAGAAAGAUCUAACUCACAGGGAGUCACUUAUAGGACCUUUGUUUAAGAUCCUAGGAAAAUCUAUGUCUAAUGAAUGGGUGAACAUUGCUUCUUCCGCUGAGGAAACCUCGGUCCAGCCUCCUCAGGAUGGUACCUCUAUCUCUUCCAUCCAACAGACAAUGCUCUUAAUCCUGAAAGAUAUUUUUGAUUCUCUGGAUAUGAAUCCUUUGAAGGCCGACUUAGCAAAUGAAAUCAAUGUUAAGAUGCUGGUUGAGUUUGCUCAUUCAUCAAAUGAUGGAGUGACACGGAACUAUAUCUUUUCCCUCUUCACUUCAAUUGUUAAAAUUGUCCCAGAUCGAGUUUUGGACCAUAUUAUCAGCAUACUUACACUUGUUGGUGAAUCAACGGUGACACAGAUUGAUAGCCACUCGAAGUCUAUAUUUGAGGGGUUUAUAUCAUCAGUGAUUCCAUUUUGGUUGUCUAAGACCAAGAGCGAGGAGCAGUUGCUCCAGAUUUUUGUUAAAGUAUUGCCUGAUAUUGUUGAGCAUAGAAGGCGCGCGAUUGUAGCUUACCUGCUGGGAGUUAUAGGUGAACAAAAGGGCUUGCCUUCUUUGCUUGUCCUCUUAUUCCAGUCUUUGAUUUCAAGGAAAGACUCAGCUUGGCUUGGUAACGCCCAGAAUUCGGAAAGUUUUACUUCCAUUGUUAAGAGGGAGUGGGAGUAUGCUUUUGCCGUGGAAAUAUGCGAACAAUAUUCUUCUUCGACAUGGCUCUCAUCCCUGGUCAUUCUUCUUCAAACGAUCAGCAAAGACAGUUCUAGUGUAGAAUGUUUCUUUCAGAUGCGGCUCGUCUUAGAGUUUAUAUUUCAGAAGUUGCAAGACCCAGAAUUUGCCUUUGCAGUGUCACGUGAACCAAUAAAUAAUGUUUCAGAUGGCAUUCAGGUAAAGCCUCUGUUUAAUCCUAUUCAUGUUCAAGAACUACAGGAGCUUAUGAAGGGUUGUAUAUCUCUCCUGCAAGCUGUUGAUGCCACAAAGGAGAAAGAUGUGACUUCUGCGGUUAGAAAGGAAAUCAAAAUGCGUAUACAUGAUGUCUUGAUGACUGUUACAGGAGCCAUGGAUCUGUCUAUAUAUUUCAGAGUUGUUACUAGCUUGCUUCAGCAGCAGUCGGAUCGUAAUGGGACGAAAAAGGUACUUGGGCUUAUAAGUGAGAAAGCGAAGGACACUUCUUCUUCUAAACUGAAACACAAGAGGAGGCUCCAAAGAAGAAAUCCUUGGCUGAACUUGGAUGAGGCUGCUAUUGUAUCUUUCGGGGAGAUGUGUGAGGCAAUUGUCCAUCUAAUUGAUGAGACAGAUGAUGAUACAAGUGUUCCAGCUAAACGAGCUGCCAUUUCUACACUGGAAGUUUUGGCUAGCAGGUUUCCCUCUGGUCAUCCAAUCUUCGGCAAGUGCCUUACAUCUGUUGCAGAAGGCAUCAGCUCAAAGAAUUUGGGAGUUUCUUCAAGCUGUCUUCGUACAACCGGUGCGUUGAUCAAUGUUCUUGGACCAAAGGCGCUCGUUGAACUUCCAAGCAUAAUGAAAAAUUUGGUAAAACAAUCGGGCGAAGUAUCUUCUGCAUCGAAGAGUGGUGGAAACCCAACAGCUGAAGAACAGUUGCUUAUGCUGUCUGUUCUAGUCACUUUGGAAGCAGUGAUUGAUAAACUUGGAGGUUUCCUAAAUCCUCAUCUAGGGGAUAUUAUUAGACUCAUGGUGCUGCAUCACGAAUAUGUUUCUGACAUCGACAAGAAUCUCAAGUCCAAGGCAAAUGCCAUUAGGAGACUCCUUACUGAUAAAAUACCGGUUCGUCUCACUCUGCAACCACUCCUACGAGUAUACGAUGAGGCUGUUGGCUCUGGGAAUGCAAGUUUGGUGAUUGCUUUUGAUAUGCUAGAAAACAUGGUUGCGAAAAUGGAUAGAUCAUCUAUUGUUGGCAACCAUGCGAAGAUUUUCGACCAAUGCUUAGUUGCACUUGAUAUUCGGCGUCAAAAUCCAGCAGCGAUUGAGGACGUUGAUGACGCGGAGAGAAGCGUAACCAAUGCAAUGGUUGCUCUCACAAAGAAGCUAACAGAGUCUGAGUUCAAACCGCUUUUCAUCAGGAGUAUUGAUUGGGCAGAGUCAGAUAUUGUAGACGGAUCAGGGAGUGAAAGCAAGAGCAUUGACCGAGCUAUAUCUUUCUAUGGUCUAGUGAAUAGACUCUGUGAGAGCCACAGGUCCAUAUUCGUACCAUAUUUCAAGUUCGUGCUUGAUGGUAUUGUAUCGCAUCUCACCAGUGCCGAAGCAUCAGAUUCAACCAGGAAGAAAAAGAAAGCCAAGAUUCAGGAAACAUAUGACACUAUAACACCAAAAAGCUGGCAUCUUAGAGCAUUGGUGAUUUCUUCCCUGAAGAAUUGUUUUCUGCAUGAUACGGGAAGCUUGAAGUUUCUCGACACAAAUAACUUCCAGGUGCUUCUGAAGCCUAUAGUCGCACAGCUUGUUGUUGAACCGCCAUCUUCAUUAAAGGAGCAUUCACAUGUACCAUCUGUAGAAGAGGUUGAUGACUUGCUAGUUUCAUGCAUUGGUCAAAUGGCAGUUGCUUCGGGCUCUGACCUCCUCUGGAAGCCGCUGAACCAUGAGGUGUUGAUGCAAACAAGGAGUGAGAGCGUACGUUCGAGGAUACUGAGUUUGAGGAGUGUGAAACAGAUGCUGGACAAUCUGAAGGAAGAGUAUCUUGUGUUGCUCGCUGAAACCAUUCCCUUCUUAGUUGAACUACUGGAAGACGUUGAGCUCUCUGUCAAGUCUUUGGCUCAAGAUAUCAUCAAACAGAUGGAAGAGAUGAGCGGUGAAAGUCUGUCGCAAUACUUCUGA